AUGGAUGAUAGUCUGAAUAAUAUAUAGCCAAAAAAGAAGACAUUUUAUAUAAGAAAGAAAGCAGAUGAAAUGCAAAAGCAGUCUAAAUUGUUUUCUCAGUUUGCUGGAUUAGGGAAUUAUAUAAUACAAGGAACUGUAUUGAUGAUGAUAGAAUUAGUCAUUUAACCAAGGUAUAUCUAUGGGUUCAAAAAUGAUUGUUAAGAAGCCAACAUCAGGUGUACCAUCAUAAAUAAGUAGAGGGGGAUUAGAUAAAUAGGAUCCAAGAGGAAGUACACCAAAGGGAGCGAUUAGUAGAAUAUCUGAGAUGGAUGAGGAAGAGAAGAAGAAUGAGGUAGAAGGUCCUUAGGUAUGAAUUUGAAUAAUAUAUGUAUAGUUGAAAAUGAAAAAGGAACAUAUAUCAUUUUUGGUUAAAACUGAAACAGUCGGUUAUGAUAAUGUUGUUGUAUCAAAUAAUGGAAGUGCUGCAAUUUAUUAUGAAUGGAAAAGAAUAGAGAGUGUUAGAAAAUAAGCUAAUUCAAUAUAAGAUAUUAAUGAGGAGAGAUUCUUUUGUCAUCAUGAUUAGAAUGUAAUUAAACCAGGAGAAAGAAUAAAAUUUAUUUUUAGUUUUCUAUCUAAAUAAACAGGUGUAUUUAAUGAGGAAUGGGAAUUAAAAUGUGAACCUCCAUGUUUAAAUUAAUUACCUAAUUUAAAAUUAACAGGAAUAUCAUUUAUAGAGGAUGAAAUAACUAAUGGAAGAAAGGAAUUUUAGAAAUAAGUUAAAAAUAAGUUUGCAUUAAAAAUAGCAACAGAAAUAGUAGAUGAUAUCUUUGAAGAAGUAAAAACACCACCACCACCUAAACCUGAUCUUGAUGAUCCUGAAUAAUUUAAAAUAGAAUUUGAAGAAUUGAAUCUAAGCGAAUAAUUAUGGUUUACACAUGAGAUAAUGAACUUCUUUAAUUUUUCAUCAGAUGAAAUAUGUUAAAUUUUAAAAUAAGAUAUUACAUGGAAUGGAGAUGUAAAAUAAUUAAGAUAAUCAUGUCAUACAAUAGAUGAAGAAGAAAUAAAAGAAUUAGUUUUACGUAAAUUAGAAUUAUGGGUUAAAUUGGCUAAGAAAGUACCAAUAUCUCGUAAUCCUAUAUAUAGUGUUGUUAAAGAUUUAAUAGGUGAUGUAGCUAAUUAAGUACCAUAAUUAUCAGAAGAUAUGCGUAAAGAAUUAUAAAUGUGGGAAUAUACAUUUCAUGAACCUGAAGAUUUAACACCAGAAAAAGCUAAAGUUAAAUUAGAUGAAUUUAAUAAAAUGAAAGCUAAUUGGUUAAAAAAUGCAAAAAAAAAGAAAUGGAAUGAAGAAAUGGAAAAGGAAUUAAUUGAAGAAUAUAAAACUAAAUUAGGAAUUAAAGUAUCUGAAGCAUUAGCAUAAGCAGCUAUUAAAUUAGAAAAUGAUGGAUAAUUAUUAUAAGUAGGUGCAUUAAUGAAACCAGAAUUAAAAUGGAAUGUAUUUAGAAGAAGAAGAUAUUAAUCUACUUAUUUUUAUGAUUUACUUAGAAAAAAAACUAUAUAAGAUUCAGAUAUUGAAGGUAAAAAAAUUGGAUUAAAAGUUCAUUUAAAAUUAGCUAAUAGACCAGAUGUUUAUGAACUUAAAGAAAAGUUUGAGUAAAAAUUAUUAAAAGAAUAAGAAGAGGAAAAUAAAAGAUUGGAAGAAGAAAGAUUGGAAAAAGAAAGAUUAGCAUAAGAAGCAGCUAAAAAGAAAGGAAAAGGUAAACCAGUUAAAUAAAAAGAAGUUGAAGUUGUUUAAGGUAAUAUAUAUUAUUAUAUAAAUAUUUAUAGUUUAAUAAAAGAAUUAUGAUCUAAGUCAUUUAGAUUAAGCAACACUUUAAGAAUGUGUAGAAACUCUUAAAUUAUUAAUGGAAAGAUAAGCUAAGAUAGUUGUAUUAUUAGUAAGUUAUGAUAAUCCAAGUGGAAAAUAUAAAUUUACAUCAUCUACUAAAUUCUUUUAUGAAUGGUUAAAAACUUAAUUAGAAUGUCCAGUAUAUUUCAACGAUGUUAUNAAAUUAAUUACCUAAUUUAAAAUUAACAGGAAUAGCAUUUAUAGAUGAUGAAUUAACUAAUGGAAGAAAGGAAUUUUAAAAAUAAGUUAAAAAUAAGUUUGCAUUGAAAAUAGCUACAGAAAUUGUAGAUGAUAUAUUUGAAGAAGUUAAAACACCACCACCUCCUAAGCCUGAUCUUAAUGAUCCUGAACAAUUUAAAAUUGAAUUUGAAGAAUUAAAUCUAGGUGAAUAAUUAUGGUUUACACAUGAGAUUAUGAAUUUCUUUAAUUUCUCAUCAGAUGAAAUAUGUUAAAUUUUAAAAUAAGAUAUUACAUGGAAUGGAGAUGUAAAAUAAUUAAGAUAAUCAUGUCAUACAAUAGAUGAAGAAGAAAUAAAAGAAUUAGUUUUACGUAAAUUAGAAUUAUGGGUUAAAUUGGCUAAGAAAGUACCAAUAUCUCGUAAUCCUAUAUAUAGUGUUGUUAAAGAUUUAAUAGGUGAUGUAGCUAAUUAAGUACCAUAAUUAUCAGAAGAUAUGCGUAAAGAAUUAUAAAUGUGGGAAUAUACAUUUCAUGAACCUGAAGAUUUAACACCAGAAAAAGCUAAAGUUAAAUUAGAUGAAUUUAAUAAAAUGAAAGCUAAUUGGUUAAAAAAUGCAAAAAAAAAGAAAUGGAAUGAAGAAAUGGAAAAGGAAUUAAUUGAAGAAUAUAAAACUAAAUUAGGAAUUAAAGUAUCUGAAGCAUUAGCAUAAGCAGCUAUUAAAUUAGAAAAUGAUGGAUAAUUAUUAUAAGUAGGUGCAUUAAUGAAACCAGAAUUAAAAUGGAAUGUAUUUAGAAGAAGAAGAUAUUAAUCUACUUAUUUUUAUGAUUUACUUAGAAAAAAAACUAUAUAAGAUUCAGAUAUUGAAGGUAAAAAAAUUGGAUUAAAAGUUCAUUUAAAAUUAGCUAAUAGACCAGAUGUUUAUGAACUUAAAGAAAAGUUUGAGUAAAAAUUAUUAAAAGAAUAAGAAGAGGAAAAUAAAAGAUUGGAAGAAGAAAGAUUGGAAAAAGAAAGAUUAGCAUAAGAAGCAGCUAAAAAGAAAGGAAAAGGUAAACCAGUUAAAUAAAAAGAAGUUGAAGUUGUUUAAGGUAAUAUAUAUUAUUAUAUAAAUAUUUAUAGUUUAAUAAAAGAAUUAUGAUCUAAGUCAUUUAGAUUAAGCAACACUUUAAGAAUGUGUAGAAACUCUUAAAUUAUUAAUGGAAAGAUAAGCUAAGAUAGUUGUAUUAUUAGUAAGUUAUGAUAAUCCAAGUGGAAAAUAUAAAUUUACAUCAUCUACUAAAUUCUUUUAUGAAUGGUUAAAAACUUAAUUAGAAUGUCCAGUAUAUUUCAACGAUGUUAUAAUUGAAAAUUUAGAUGAAUAAUUGGAAACUUAAACAUUUUAAGAAAAUAGUGUAUUAGUUUUAGAGAAUUUAUUUUUCUAUCCAGAUGAAGUUGGUUAUUCUGAAGAAGAACCAGAUAUAGAAUCAAAAACACCUUAUAGAACUUUAUUACCAUAUGGGAAUAUAUAUAUAAUAGGAGAUAGAGUGAAUUUCUUUUCAAGAUUUUAUCCAUCAAUAAUUCAUAUGAAUGCUGAUUAGACAAUUUUAUCUUCAGGUAUUGCAAAAGAUAUACAUAUUUUAUGUCAUAAUCUUAUGGGAUGUUAAGAUAGACAUGGAACGUUAAUUCUUGGAGGUGAUUUAACAGGAGAUAAAUUAUUAACUAUUGAUUAAUUAUCUGGUCAUUUAUCAUCUAUAGUAUUAUUAGGUAAAUUAGGAUUAUCGUUUUAUUUAACAAUGUAUGAAAUACCAAGUGAUCUUGUAUCAGAAGCUGUUAGAGAAGUUAUUAAAAAUUUACUUAAUGUUUUAAGAGAUGAAUCAACUGAUAAACCUCCUUAAAGAUUAACUAGAAUUAGUCAUCUUCCAGAAUAACCAAAACCUAAAGCAAGAUUAAUCUGUCCAUAAGAUUAUUUAAUUACUACACUCCCUGAAGCAUAUGAUCCUGCUAAUCAAGAUCAUGUUUCUAUUGUUACUGAUAAUAUUACACCUUUUGUACCUGAAGGCAACAUUUUAUUAGAUGAAGGUAAAAUAUUAUUGGAUUAUGGACCUAAAACUAUAGAUAUUGUUAAAGAUGAAAUCUAAAAUGCAUAAAGAUUAUUUUGGAUUGAUGAUGCCAAUCUUGCAUUAUAUAAUAUUUAAAAAUAAAUUACUGUCCCUGAUUUUGAAGCUAUUGCUUUACUUAAAAAAUUAAGAGAAGAAGAAGCACAAAAAGAAAGAGAAAGAUUAGAAAAAUUAAAAGAAAAAAAAGGUGGAAAAGCUAAUAAAAAAGGUCUCAAAGAAGAACCACCUAAAGAACCCAUUAAUAGUAAUCUUUUUAUCUUAUUCAUUUUCUAGUUAAAACAACUAAAGAAAUUAAUGUUCCUGUCUUUAAUCUCACUAAUAAAGAGCUUGGACACUUUAUCUAUGAAAUUAAUCAAGAUAAAAAAGAUAGACAUUAACAUGCUCAAAAAUAAGGACAUUUAAUAUCUUAUGAUUUUAAUUAAGAUUGUGUUAUUACUAUUAUUGGUGAAAAAUUAGAAAAAGUACUCAAUUAAGAAGAUUUUCAAAAUAUUGGCAAUUAAGAAGAAAUUGAAUAAGCUCCUGAACCUAGUUAAAAAGGUUCCUAAUUCCCAUAGAGUGAAGCAGGAGAAGAUUAAAAAGAAUAAGAAGACGAAUAAAUUGAAGAAGAAAAAGUUAAAAUCAAUCAAGUUAUAUUAUUUUAUUUUAUCAUUAGGUAAAAUAAUUAUUAGCCGAUUUCUUUAUAUAAGAUCAGGAUUUCACUCUUUCAUUUCUUGCUGGAAAUCUUAUUCAUAUCUAAACACUUGAUGAAUAUCCACCUAAACCAGAAUCAGAAAUUAAUGAAGAGUAAUAUUUUGAAGAAGAUAGUACUCCUUGA